UUCGCAAUCUCAAUUGAAGAAUCCGUUUUUAUUUUCAGAGAAAAAAAAAAAAAAUCUUCUUCUAGGUUUUCCGGCGAACUAGUCGGGUUGUUGUAGUUGAGUUGGAUUGAGCGUUUUUCUACUGGAGAUGGAUUCUGCAACUAAAGUGAAGAAAGGUGCAGGAGGAAGGAAAGGAGGUGGGCCAAAGAAGAAGCCAGUUUCUAGAUCUGUGAAAGCCGGUCUUCAGUUCCCCGUCGGAAGAAUUGGGCGGUACUUGAAGAAAGGCAGAUAUUCCCAGAGGGUUGGUACCGGAGCUCCAGUUUACAUGGCUGCCGUCCUCGAAUACCUAGCUGCUGAAGUUCUCGAGCUUGCAGGCAAUGCAGCUAGAGACAACAAGAAAAACAGAAUCAACCCUAGACACGUUCUUCUGGCAGUAAGGAACGAUGAGGAGCUCGGAAAGCUGCUUGCCGGAGUCACCAUUGCCCACGGCGGUGUUCUGCCCAAUAUUAACCCGGUAUUGUUGCCUAAGAAGAGUGAGAAGGCAGCUGCAACCAAGGAAUCCAAGUCUCCAUCCAAGGCAACCAAGUCUCCCAAGAAGGCUUAGGUCUGAAUCAUCGGAGACCACAAGUUGGGUGUAUCUUUUGACUUGUUUAGUUGUAUGUAAUUUUGGGUCUAGGACCUUUUUACUGCCGUUACUGAAUUUAGGAAGAGGGGAAA